GGAGGAGUCGUGUGUCAGUCUGACAGAAGUGUGUAACCUCAGCUAGCGGCACUUUGGAAUACUUCCUGGCAAGAACCUGGGCUAACCUUUACCUUCGUUUUCCAGACGGAUUAAGGAAUUUUGGAACGACAGGCAAUUUAGGAGAUGCUUUAGAAGUGGAAUGCUACAUCGGGAUUGUAUUCCAUACGUUUUCAUGGCCAAAAACUCUGAACCUGAAAAACGACUGGCACAACAGAGAAGAAUCCCAGUUGAAGAAACCUGAGGUAUUCACACAAGAUAUCCCCACACACUCUCUCUAAAAUAUAAUAAGACAACUGUCACACUCGCAGAAGAAGCAGAAAACAUGGUUGGACUCAAGCCCACAGACUUGGCUCCCACAGCCGCAGUGAAGGUCUUUGGCGCGGGAACGGCGGCGUGUAUCGCUGACUUGGUGACCUUUCCCCUGGAUACAGCCAAAGUGAGGCUUCAGAUACAGGGAGAAUCCAAGCCAGCUGAAGGAGUAGCAGGGACGAAGUAUAGGGGUGUUUUUGGCACCAUCAAUACCAUGGUGCGCACUGAGGGGCCAAGGAGCUUGUACAACGGUCUGGUGGCUGGACUGCAGAGACAAAUGAGCUUUGCCUCAGUGCGUAUCGGCCUCUACGACUCUAUGAAGCAGUUCUACACCAGAGGCUCAGAAGAGGCGAGCAUUGUGAGCCGGUUGAUGGCAGGCUGCACGACAGGAGCCAUGGCCGUAGCGUUUGCACAGCCAACAGAUGUUGUGAAGGUGCGCUUCCAAGCGCAAGUACGAGUAGCUGAUGGCGCCAAGCGAUACAACAGCACAAUGGACGCCUACAGGACCAUUGCUCGCAAUGAAGGCAUCAAAGGCCUGUGGAAAGGUUGUUUGCCAAACAUCACCCGAAACGCCAUUGUGAACUGUGCAGAGCUGGUCACCUACGACAUCAUCAAGGAGCUGAUACUGAAGUACAAUCUGAUGACAGACAACCUGCCCUGCCACUUCACGGCUGCGUUUGGAGCCGGUUUCUGCACCACCAUCGUGGCGUCUCCAGUGGACGUGGUGAAGACACGCUUUAUGAACUCCAGUCCCGGCCAGUACAGCAGUGCCAUCAACUGUGCCAUCACCAUGCUGACCAAGGAAGGACCUACAGCCUUUUAUAAGGGCUUCAUGCCCUCGUUCCUGCGUCUGGGAUCCUGGAACAUUGUGAUGUUUGUCUCCUACGAGCAAAUCAAGAGAGCCAUGACGCGAGCGCAGCAGUCCUGGGAGUCACCGUUUUGAACUGUCGCAUCAGGACAAGAAUAUGAAAGAAAACAUUAAUUUAAUUUAUAUUCCUGUGGAUCCAGUACUUACCAGCCAGAGAGGACAGUGCUGAUGUAUGAAAGUCCUCUGUAAUGGCGAGAGGUGGAGAAGAUGCAGCAGAAGAUCUAUAUUAUGGGAUUAUCUAAGUCUUAUCUCUGUGGUGGACUGAGAUGAAAUAGAGCAGUAUGAGAGAACUCAUUGUGGACUUACAGCACUUUAAAGACCAAAGGUAGAGCUUACCACUGUUAAACUGUCACAAAGCAAAGGGUGACUGGGAACUGUCGGUGGAGGAAAAAUGAGAUGUAGGGCUGUGUAUUGGCACAAACUUAGCGAUACACUACAUAUCAUGUACAUAUACAGGGGUAACAAAUCAAUAUUUCACAUUAUAUUGCAAUAAUGUAUCAAGGAGAUAUAUUGCGAUUGUUUAAGAAAACCUGUCAUAGUAUAAAAAACUGAGUACUUUUUAUCCAAUCACAACAGUGGGAUCUAAUGACACUGUACAACACUGCCCUCUAGCUGUCAGGAUUUACACAACAAAAAAUGAACCACUGUCUGACAGCAAUCUUCACAUGUAAACUAAUAACUAAAAAACAAUACUGUGUUUUUAAAAAUCAAUACAGAAUUGCAAAACAAAAUAUUACAAUACUUUGAUAUACUGAUAUUUUCCUACACCCCUAAUGAAACGCCAAACAUAUCUUUAGAUCUAGCACAGGUUUUGGUUUUGUCUUCUCAGAGGAGUGAGUGUAUAUUUUCGUUAAUGUCAUAUUAUGUCACUUUUUUAAUACAAUGAAGGGUACAGUCAUGUUUACACAAGUGUUAGGGCUUCACAGCUCUAGUUUACAAAAGCUUGGACCGUAUGAAGGUUGGGUCCAUAGCAGAUGAACUGUUUGUUGCCAUUAUGAAUGCACAUGUUUGUUCUACUGUAUGUAGGGCAAAAUAUUUAAAGCUUUAUUUUAUACAAUGUCUAUUUUUGUCAAUAAAAUACAAAAAUAUAUAUUUUUAUCAUUUU